UGAUAAAAGUGUCUUUCGCGGCAAAAAUGAUAUUAAAGGAUUUCAAUAUAAAUUUGCUAACAAAGCUUUUAACACAACAACUUGAACAAGUAACCUGUUUUGGAUGCUGUCGAUGUUAUUGUGCUCCUGUGACUGCAGAAUGUGGUCAUACGCUGUGCAAUGGUUGUUGGUAUGGAAGAGCAAAUUGUCCUGUAUGUGCUCUACCGGUGGAAAAGAAAAAUCAAAAGUUAAAUCUCCCCUUACAACUCCUCACUGACCAUGUUUAUGCUCUUGUAAAUAGUUUUGAAAAGUUGUUUAACAUUAAAUUGGCUGAGUUGGAACUUGAAACAACAAAUAAAGAACUACAAAUAACAGAUACAAAUAAAAAUGUAACAGACUGGUUGGAAAAUUCUCAAAAUAAAUUUUCAGCUGCCAUCAGUAAUCUUUCCACGCAAGAUUUAAACACACAUGUUGAAUAUUUAACUAGUAAAGCGCAAAUUCACACAGCAAAUUCUAAACCUACCCAUCAACCUAAGAAAGACUCUAUCCAGCAUCUUCAAGAUGAUUGGGACAAAAUAGAAAUACUGGAAGAUCCCAAAGAAUGUGUCCAAGACAAGGAAAACAUACACAUUGAAACAAUGGAUAUAGAAGUAAAUGAAUAUACAUCAGAAAAUCCACGUAGAAGCACACGGAAAAAAGAAAUAAGCAUCAGCAGAGAGUCUCAUGAUAUUCAUAAUGAAAAGGCUGACUCAACAAAGUCAAACACAGCAGUAUCAAAACAAGCAACUAAAACUAAACAAACAUGGAAUCAUGCCAAGAAAAUGAGACAAGAGUUCAGUAGGCUAAAUAAAGAAAAUACAAAUAAACUAAAUGUAUCUAUUGAGACUGUUAAGAAAACUCAAGUAUCAUGUAGUACAACAAAGUUAGUAGAAAAACAAAAUCUUACCACCACUGCAACUAGAAAUAUUACAGCUAAUGAAUCUAGUAAAGAAACUGUAGAAGAGAAAAGCUUGGCCACUACAAAUAUUGUGAAUCCAGGCACUAUAAUAUCAAGUAACACAAAAAAAGGUAUAGACAAAACAAAUGAAUAUGACUCAACUAAUCAAACACCAUCAAACAUUCGAAAUAAAAAUAACACUUCUAUUGAUAGUGGAAAUCCUUGUGAUAAUGAAGAAGUUAUAUCGCCGAAAGUGAAAUUUUUUAAAAAAGGUCCAUUACAUGUCAAGCCACAAGAAAUGCCUCAUACAUCUCAUGAUAAAGAUGAAACAAAAAUAUCAGAUGAUGUCAUAAUAACCAUAAGAGUUGGUAAAGUAAUAACAAAUGUUUGUAUAAAGCAAAACGAAAGUAAUCCUCAAAUAAAAAUCCAUACAGAUAAAGAAGUACAAACUACUUUAGAACCUGAAAAUAAUACAUGCAAUAAUAUAAAAAUCAAUACAGUUAAAUCAACACAAUUAAAUUCUAUUAACCAAAAACAACCAAAAACUCUAUCAAUCAUGAAUGUAGCAAAACAGAGUCACAAAGAAAUUGUUAAAUCUGAUUCAACAAAGAAGAAUACUGCUUCUGCAGACACAAGAACUGCACAAUUUGAAAUAACAGCUAGCAGUGAGAAAGAAUUACCACAUAUAAUGGAAUGUUUUGCAGAUGAAAAUAGACAAAAAACUAUACAAAGUCAAAAAGGACAUAAAGACAAUGAUCAGGGUACCCGAAAGGAGAAUAUUCCGGAAGAUAUAGAAGGAAUUAAUGAUAUAUUCGAUUGCGAGUUUUCAAAAACUCCAAGUGUUCAAUCAUUAAAAGCAACUAAAAAUGUCCCUUCAGCUAUAUUAGUUCCAACUCAGAACAAAUCAAAAACAUAUUCACCAGUGGAUAAGAGACUGAGAAGUUUAGAUUAUGAAGAAUUACCUCUAAAGAAAAAACAAAGGCUAGAUACAAAAAAUGUAACAAUGCGAGGUUCCAAAGUCGGUUAUAAUGAUAGUGAAUGUAGCAACUAUGAUACUGUUAUGGAGAAAGUAUUUGCUAAUAUUGAUGCAGAUAUUGGAAUCAUUCAAAGUAAAACAACUGAUAAUAUUUUAAGUAAUAAAGCAAAUUCUACUAAAAAUACACAAGUUGUUUACUCACAAAGUAAAAAUUAUGAUCACAAUAAAAAUGGCGAUAGCAACAAUCAAAAGGAUAGUGAAAAUUUAUUUUCUAAUUUUGAUAAUGAUGUAAUUACUCAAACAAAUAAAUUAAACACACAAACAAAACCCAUUCGUAAUGAAUCAUUGACACCUAAUUUGUGUCAAGAAUUUACAUCACCUGAAGAAGAUAAUAGAGAAAAUGAAAAGAUGGAUAUAGAGUUAGGAACACCUUUAAAUGAUGAUUCAGAUGUCAGCAUUGUUGAAGAAACACCACAAAAAAAUGUUUCCAACAUAAAAGUGAAACAAAAAUCGGGAAUAUCUUCAAAUUUUGACAAUGAUAUAAGUGAACAAUCAGAUGCAAAAAAUCUUAAUUUAAAAGCAACUAUAAAAAAUAACAUCUCAUCUAAUAGUUUAAAUGAAACAAUUAAAAAGAAUCAAGAGUAUACAGAUAUAAAAAAAGUGAAGAAUUCCAUAAUUACACCAUCGACUAUAAACAAAUUUGUGGAACAAAUACAACAUAAAUCUACUCCUGUAGCGAGAAAAUCACUUAAUUUUAACAUUAAAAAUAUUAAACAAGACGCAGAAGAAACAUUAUGUAAGAGUUUAUUGACAGAAGUGGAAACAACUCAAGAAAAAGAGUUUAUGAAUGAAGUUUUUCAAGAAGCGGUCAGUUCACCGGAAUUUAAGUCUAGCGUUGUACUGCGUCAGAAGAACCGUAAGAUCGAAUUUUGCGUGGCAGGAUCAUGUUUGAUACCAAAACAAACCAUCAAAUUACGGCAACUGUGUAGAGAUAAAGGUUGGCGCUUUGUAGAAGAAUAUACAGAUGAUGUUACACAUUUAGUUAUUGAAGUGGAUGAAGAAAAUAAAUGUAAAAGAUCACUUAAAUAUAUGCGAGCUCUAGCGGCAGGGAAAUGGAUUAUUGGUUUUGCAUGGGUAGAGAAAUGCAUACAAACUGGAACUAUUAUCCCUGAGGAAGGUUUCGAAUGCCUGGAUAUGACAGGAGAGCCAGGUCCUAGACGGUCUAGACUAGCCAGGCGCAAGUUGUUCUCAGACAUCUCCUUCUACUGCAUGCCGCCCAUCAACAUGCUGGAUCAUCAUAUGUUGAAGGAGAUUCUAGUAAGUGCGGGUGGUACAUUAGUACAUGAGAUGAGUGAGGUGCGUGUGGCUGAUGGCGCUCCCGGCCUCGUGUUAGCGGAGCCCGAGCACACGCAGGACUCCAAAUAUGAAUAUCUAGCUAUGGAUUUAGGUAUAGUGCCGGUGCACUGCGAGUGGGCGCUCAACUGUCUGGGACACUACGCGCUGGCACCACUCGAGGUACCUUUGUUGCUCUGCUCGCCCACCGUCCUCAAGCCCAAAGUACAACAUUGGCCGCACGAACUGAGAGCUCUUAUUGAAUAGUAUAGAGGCUUUCAAAUAUCUUAACGCCUCGGAAUAUUAAGCGAGUCGCAGAAAACAAUUUUAAAUGUAGCGCAGAUGAUCUUGAGCCAACAAUAUAUUUGAAAGAAAUAGUACAUAUAUAAUAACGCGCGACAAAAUAGAUGG